AUGCAGCAUGCUCUCCGCACUAUCCAGAACCUUGAAGAACAUCGGGUUGAGACUAGCCCCAAGCGGGCCUGUAUAGCUUUGAUCAUUCGCGUUGCUGGGUAUUCGCGGCCUGAUUUAGAUACCUGGAUCAGCGGUCUCGACCCUGCCGCGGAGUUAGAGCUGCUGUUUAUCAAGCGCACCGUAGACCCCCGUGAUAGAUGGUCUGGCCAUAUUGCGGUCCCUGGCGGGCGGCAGGACCCUGGUGAAACGGAUAUUGAGACUGCUGUACGGGAAGCAAAAGAAGAAGUAGGAAUUGAUCUCGAAAAAGACGGUUUCUACGUUGGUGCCCUAGACCAGCGUCCCCUCAAAGUGUCGUGGGGUCGAAGACUGGCGCUAAUUCUGUGUCCGUUUGUGUUUGUGUUGAACAACCCCGAUGCCCCCAUGUCCCCUCAAUGGUCUGAAGUGGCAACCUGUUUUUGGUAUCCGAUUUCCCGUCUUUUCGACGAAAAGUACUCCGUGCACGAGCAUGUGGCAGUUAAUGACCGCGUAAAGCUCUCGUUCCUGCCUCCGUUCUUGGCCAAAUUUGUGCGCUGGCAAAUCGGCGAUAUGCUGUUUUCUGCAAUUGAAAUGCACCCUGAUAAGAUCGAGCCUGCCCCUCAAGACGUCCCCGCUCCUCCACCCCCUCCUUAUAGAGUAUGGGGGGUGACUUUAGGGGUUCUAGUGGAUCUAUUUGAAGUUAUGAAACCUGGAGUAUUCCCUAAAUCUGCUUUCUUGCCAACAAUGAAGGCCUGGGAUAUGAGAUUCGUUGUCUAUCUUUUGAGCUUGAAGACCUGCAACAAACUGGACCCCGGGCUGGGCGACUUGAUUUGA